UACUGGCUCACUGGCCCUCUCAUAUUAUUCUCUAUUGCCCAACGAUUACCCCACUCGAGCAGAGCUACUGUCCGCUCACCCCCACCCAGCCAUGUCAGAACGCCAGAGUCUCGAUGUAGCAGACAACCCCAAUGGAUCAGGUGCUGCUUCGCCUCGAUCCAGCACAGAUUCUCGCUCUCCAUCUCUACGAAGCCAACCCGCUCGUCUCUCCCACCCGUCUUCGAAUCACCAGCACCGACAGAGCUUAAGUGAGAGUCUCCGUACGCCAGGAUCGCCCCGGUCACGACGACAGCCGUCGCUGGGCCAAUCUGCAAUCCAGAGCCUCAUUGACAAUCCUCCGGCGCCGAACCAUGUUAAUCCGGCGUUUGCCGGUCGGGACUGGAGACAGAUUUCCAUUGGGGAGCUGGUCAGCCCUGAUGAUUUGAAGUUUGUGGAGGUCGAGACGGGGAUUGAGGAAGCGACAAAUAUCCUGAUCGAAUCGCGAAUUCCUGUCUUGCUAGUCCGCGAGAAGCCCGAGGACAAGUCCGCCGUGGGAACCUUUGACUACUCGGAUUUGAAUGCAUACCUCCUCCUUGCAGCGGGAUUGACGCAGCCGAACGAAGAAAGCAUCGAAGCGUACGAGCAAUUAGCGCGAAAAGCGAAAGAAGGAAGCAAGAUACCGCUGAGCGAUGUGAGGGAUCUGGGCAAAAAAGAGCCGUUGACGACCCUCCCGGCAUCGGCCAGUGUGAUGGCGGCAGUCAAAACAUUUGGAGGCGGUAUUCAUCGUGUUGUAGUGGUCGAUGACAAUAAUGAAGUGGUUGGGAUUUUCAGCCAGUUCCGGCUGGUCAAGUUCCUGUGGGAGAACGGUCGCUGUUUUCCAGCGAUUGAUCAGUUGUACCCGCAGCAUCUUGGAGAUUUGAGGAUAGGCUCACGCGAGGUUAUUUCGAUCAACGGCGACAAACUUUUGAGUGAAGCUUUGCAGCUGAUGAACGAUGAGGGGAUUUCAUCGGUCGCGGUUGUUGAUAAUCAUUUCAAUGUGGUUGGCAACAUCUCCACCACUGAUGUGAAGCUUCUGACGCGGUCAUCGUCACUUCCUCUUUUGUACAACACGUGUACGCAUUUUAUUUCCGUGAUACUUUCGACGCGCGGAUUGGAAGAAGGCCAGGACUCUUUCCCAGUGUUCCAUGUGAAUCCAGGCUCGACGCUUGCGCAUACAGUGGCCAAGGUGGUAGCUACCAAAUCACACCGGCUGUGGGUUACAGAUCCGCUGUCACCCUCCAACUCGGGCCCCCCAACACCGUCUCACUCUACGCUACACGUUCCAUUGGUAUCUACGAAUGCUGGAUCGAAUACCGAACCUCUCCCUCCCAACUCCCCUCCCAGUUCAUCUCACAACCACAGUAACCCGAACCUAGCCGCACAGACAUACAACACAGCGCUAUUUUCGCACCCGGGACCACCCGCCGGCGUGGUUCAUGCAGUGGCACCGUCGAUCCCAGCAUCAGCGUUGCCGGGGGCACGUCUUUCAGGGCGAUUGUUGGGUGUGGUUAGCCUGACAGACAUCUUGAAUCUACACGCACGGGCGAGCGGGCUAAGCCCAGCGGACCCCGCAGAAUCUCGGAGCCGUCGUCGACGCAGCAGCAGUUCGAGCAUUAGUGUACGACGCAGUGGAGAGAUUGGUCGGGAACUGUUCAGUCGAGGAUGAUGAUCUGCGUGAUUUUCACCGUUUGAUAUUUUUUUUACUUUUGUGAAUUUACGUCGGGGUUUGCUAAGUCUGGUCCAAUCGCCCGGAUCUAGGAAGAAUGGGAAUGAGUACGUCUGGGAUAGCCUUUUUUUUGCCUUUUGAUGUUGCUGCCAUGACGAAUCUCCCGGAUAAGCUUCGAGGCCCAAAGUGCUAUGGUAGACGCGCGGUGGAGCCGUUUUUUCCUUACUGAUUAAGUAGUCCAAUGUCAACCUGAUUAUGUGUUUGAUAAGUUAUGCCAUUG